CAACACCGGAGAAGAGGCCAAUAGAUCUGGGUUUUGUCCAGGGGGCCUCUGGUUUUAAAGCUCUCUAAAACCACUUGUAGCUCAUUUUCCCUGUGACUUGCCCGGGUACAACUUCUUUCUCUGUCCAAGCUGUUAAAAAUCUAGAAUUUUACUCAUCAGAUUCUUUUAGUUGUGUGACAGAUCCAGCUUGUCCUUGAGCAAAAAUGGAAGCUAUUAAGAAAAAAAUGCAGAUGUUGAAGUUAGACAAAGAGAAUGCCAUUGACAGAGCAGAGCAGGCUGAGACGGAUAAGAAGGCAGCUGAGGACAAAUGCAAGCAGGUAGAGGAUGAGCUGGUAGCUCUGCAGAAGAAGUUGAAAGGAACUGAAGAUGAGCUAGAUAAGUACUCAGAGGCUCUCAAAGAUGCCCAGGAAAAACUGGAGCAGGCUGAGAAGAAGGCCACCGAUGCUGAAGGUGAGGUGGCAGCUCUGAACAGACGCAUCCAGCUCGUGGAAGAGGAGUUGGAUCGCGCUCAGGAACGACUGGCCACAGCCCUGCAGAAAUUGGAGGAGGCUGAGAAAGCAGCAGAUGAGAGUGAGAGAGGAAUGAAGGUUAUUGAGAACAGAGCAAUGAAAGAUGAAGAGAAAAUGGAAAUUCAGGAAAUGCAGCUGAAGGAGGCCAAGCACAUUGCUGAAGAAGCUGACCGCAAAUAUGAGGAGGUUGCCCGUAAACUGGUUAUUUUGGAGGGUGAACUGGAAAGAGCUGAGGAGCGUGCAGAGGUGUCUGAAGUUAAAUGUAGUGACCUUGAAGAGGAGUUAAAGAACGUCACAAACAACCUGAAAUCUUUGGAAGCUCAAUCUGAAAAGUACUCAGAAAAAGAAGAUAAAUAUGAAGAAGAAAUCAAGAUUCUCUCUGACAAGCUGAAAGAAGCUGAAACUCGUGCAGAAUUUGCAGAGAGAACUGUUGCCAAACUGGAAAAGUCUAUUGAUGACCUGGAAGAAAAACUUGCUCAAGCCAAAGAGGAGAACUUGGGCUUGCACCAGACACUGGACCAGACGCUAAACGAACUGAACUGUAUAUGAGAGGCACAGAGCUGACAGCAGCCACCAGGACCAGCCCUGUCCCUGCAUCGUUCCUCUGUCCUUUCUCUCUCUGUAUCCUGGAAAAGCAGAUUAAGUUAUGACCAGCAAAGCCACACGAUAGGCUCUGGGCAUCCCUCGGGGCCAGCUCAUCCCGAGAGCCCCCGGGAGCCCCUGCUGCGCCGGGGCUGCUGCGAGUCCCGUGCCGUGGCUGUUCUCACGGUUCUUUAGUCCUUCCAUAGAAACCCCGGUAGAAGCUGCACCCGAGCGGUGGCGCCACGUCCGCGGGCCCCUGUCGCUGCCGUUUCAUAUUAAACAAUUUCUCUCAGUA